GGCCAAUAUCGCAGUGACGUCGUCACAUCUUGUAUAGUGCGUUGAUAGUUAGCUGUGCAUCUAUAUAGAUCACCAUUACUGUCUUGGAUUCUGACCAGGACAUUGACACAAGCACACAUCAACAACUCUUCCUUAUACGCCUGAUACUCAGACUCACUCGAUAAGCUCCGGUUGAUUUUACUCAUUCCAAUCUCUGCUCUCGGCUUUUAAGCACCCAGAAACCAAAAGUACCAGCCAUGCAUGUCCAUUCAGUAGCCAUUGCUGGCUCCUUAGCACUUUCCUCUCUCGUGUCAGCCAUACCAGUCGCCAGGCUUUCCCGCGAAGCUCGUUCAGAAAGUCAGCGCAGGGAUGCUAGUGCCGGGAACCCGUUCAGUUUUCCAUUGUCGAACGGCUUUCCCAACAUAGUGGCUGGUUCUCAACAAGAAGCAAGUCUCUUCAACCAGGCCCAUGGCACUUUGCCCAAUGGGCCACCACCACCAACCGCCCCAGCAGAAGAUGAUCUUCUUUCCCUUCGCCUGAUUGCUUUCAAUGAGCUGUGGGAAGUCGCAUUCUUCACUGAACUUCUAGCCAACAUUACAAACAACAUCCCUGGCUAUGAAUUUGAAGAUCCCAAUGAACGGCAAGCAGCCAUCAACGCCAUCACAGCCGUGCAGGCUCAGGAGCAAUUGCAUGCCUUGGACGCCAAUGGAGCACUGACACAUUUCAACGCUGGCCCAAUCCAGCCUUGCCAGUAUGUGGCUCCCGUGAGCAAUUUUCAGGACGCCAUCGCCGUGGCAUCUCAGUUUACUGAUGUAGUCCUCGGCACUCUGGGCGAUGUGGUGACGCACUUUGGAGAAAAUGGUGAUAGUGGUUUAAUUCGAGGAGUGGCCUCGGUCAUCGGCCAAGAAGGCGAGCAGGAUGGGUAUUAUCGCUCUCUGCUCGGCAAGGUGCCAUCGGCCAACGCCUUUUUGACUGCUUCAGCCCGCGAGUUUGCAUUCAAUGCCAUCAACCAGAACUUUGUCGUUCCCGGCUCGUGCCCUAACGCCAAUACCAUCAACCUGCCCACGUACGGGGUACUAUCAUUGGAGACACCGGCAACCCAAAUCACAGCUCAAGAUACCACACUAUCCUUCUCAAUCCCGGCUGAAGAGGUAUGGAGCCAAUAUCCCAACGGCCAAGGUCUCAGCUUGAUCUUGAUCAACCAACAGAACGUCCCUAUCAACCAAACUUUGGCCAUUACCGGUGUCAGUGAUGAUCUGGUCCAGUUCACAGCUAACUUCCCGUUCGAGGAGAAUAGCUUAUUCGGGCUCACUAUUGCAGUUGUGGCGGCUGGCGAAGGUCUGACUGAUAUUGCAACGGUGGCGGAGAAUACAGUGUUCGGGCCAGUUUUCAUCAACGUUCUGUGAUGGCGAUGGUCACAAACCAAAGCGAGGCUUGGAAUGGCUGAGGUCGUUUGCUAAAUAAUUAGUUUAUAUGCAUGUCGAUUGGCGUUGGAGCUUUGGAUCUUUCUAGAUACCUCCGUUUGGGCAUGCUACAGGUCAUAGUAUUCAUAUCAUUGAGCGUUUGUCGUUAGUUUUCAAUUCACCCAAUCCGCUGCUAAAAACGUCUUGUGAUUUCGUUAUAGGCAGAGAUUCCUCAAAAUAAGCAGGAGA